GUGUGUGGGAUAUAUAUCGCUGACGAGUCAGUAGUCAGUUAUUGACCGACAGCCAUGAACAUCAGCUUCGAAGGAAAACGCAUUCUCGUGACCGGCGCCGGUCAGGGGAUCGGCAGGGAAUUAGCUCUCCGUCUCUCUAAAUAUAAGGGACAUGUGUUCGCGCUUUCGAAAACGAAAAAGAAUUUGGACAGCUUGGUGGCGAACGAUCCGAGGAUUCAGCCAGUCUGCGUUGAUCUUCGCGACUGGGAUGCGACUAGGAAGGCUGUUCAAAGUAUCCUGCCGAUCGAUCUGUUGGUCAACAAUGCCGCUGUCGCGUGUCUUACACCCUUUUUGGACGUCACGCCCGAGGAAUUCGAUCUGACUUUCGAUGUCAAUGUGAAGGCUGUAUUGAACGUGUCCCAGGUUGUAGCCAAGAGCAUGAUUGAGCGCAAAAGCGGCGGCAGCAUUGUCAAUAUAUCGUCGCAGGCCGGUCAGGCGGCAUUGAAGGAUCACGCCGUUUAUUGCACGUCGAAAGGGGGCCUCGACAUGUUGUCGAAAGCAAUGGCCCUCGAAUUGGGUCCACACAACAUAAGAGUCAAUACUGUCGGUCCUACAGUCGUGAUGACGGAAAUGGGAAAAUUGGGUUGGAGCGAUCCGCAGAAAGCACAAAGCAUGAUCAACAAAAUUCCGCUUGGUCGGUUCGCUGAUGUCGAGGACGUAGUGGAUCCCGUCAUAUUUUUAUUGAGCGACCGAAGUUCCAUGAUCAAUGGCGCCUGCUUACCUAUCGAUGGCGGUUUCUUAGCUGGAUAAGCAAAAAUUCAGAAUUAUCUGCUUUAAGAAAGGAAAAUGAAACGUUCUAUCGUAUCACGGGUACAUUAAUCUCUGUUCUUAAAACUCGAUAAUUUAUGGAAGUUUAUGAAAUUUGUACGCUGUGAAUUAUUACGCAAUAAUUACUAUGUUGUAAAUGAGACAUUUUAUACGCUGCGUAUAAAGGAACUAAUAAAGAUUAUUGCAGUAGAA